AUCAUGCGAUUACUUCUUCAAGCGACGUGAACAGCUGUUACCAAGGUGCACUGCACGAACUCCAAAUGCAACACAACAUCCCGGAAGCCCCAUUCGCAGCUGGAUGGCCUAUGUUACCUUCCUGGCCGAGCUGCUGGCGGCCGUCAGUGAAAUAAAAUCGUCGGACGAGAAUUGCGGACGCAUCUUCUGCCUGGCGGCGCUCCUCUGUGACUGCUGCCUCAUCAUGCUCCACUCGCCAGCGCAGGACACCAGCGCAGAGAUGCAGUGCCUUCGCGUCGUCUUCAUGACGGCCGGCAAGAGCAUCCAGCGAGCUGCUCCCUACCUCUCGAAGUCCCUGGCCACGUGUCUCCGGAACUCGUUCAUGGACAGCAAUCGCUCAGCCGGUGUUCGUCAGGCGCUGCUCGAACUCAUCGAGUUCCGGGCUUCGGGAUGGAAACUUGGCGCCGCUCAGCAGCUCUACUACUCUGCGCACGACAGCGGUGCUGCAGUCACCGACUGACACAGCUGCUGCUCCGGCCUAGCACC